UUAAGAGAGAGAGAGAGAGAGAGAGAGAGAAAAGGGGAUUCUGAAAAACCGGAAUAAGAGGCAAAGGGACGAAGAACGUGACAGUCAAUUUCCACACAGCAGUUAAGAAUGACUCUUCCUUACCCUUGAGCUUCCAUCCUCUUGCUCUUCUUCUUCUUCUUCUUCUUCUUCAUCAUCAUCUUCUUCAUCAUCAGCAGCAGCUCUUCGAUUCUUGCCCUUAUCCCCCAUCUCUGUGUUCUGGUGUCUGGUGUCUGGUUUUUCGUUUGGGUCUCAUCUUAACAAACCCAAUUGAAUACGCAUUCAUAUCUUUGGUAACUGAGUCCACUCACAGUGUGGGUAAUUGACGAGGAGCUCAAUUUUCUAGCUGGGUUCUUCUGCAAUGGAUCUUGACGGUGAAGAAGAAAACCAGCAUCUUCUGACGGAGGAAGAUGAUGAUCGGAAACAAGAGGCUAUUUCUGGCGGUGAAGAAAAGCUGUGGAUUUCGAUCCAAGGUGAGGAUAAGGAAGAUCCAAUUGGGACUCACCGGAGGAGCGAUCAGGCGGUGGCGGCUAACCGGGUAUGCAACGUGUGCAACAAAGCGUUCAGCUCUGGGAAAGCUCUUGGGGGUCACAUGAGAGUUCAUGUUCAGGCCAACAAGGACAUGUCUCUCAAGAAGCUCAAACCCUUAAAGAUCAAAAGGCAGCUGAAUCAUGGCGAAGAGCUUCUUCAUCAUCCCAAUGCUGCUGCUGCUUCCGGCGACGAUCAAACCAAGCCCACUUGUUCCAUCUGCCAGAAGAAUUUCCCGUCGAUGAAGUCGCUGUUCGGGCACAUGAGGUGCCAUCCGGAGAGGGACUGGAGGGGGAUUCAGCCGCCUCCCGCCGCCAAGAACAGCUCUUCCUCUUCGAUAUCGGACUGCGAGCCUCCCAAAUUCAACGAUCCUGUCGGGAGCUUCAAGUGGGUUGAUUUAACUAAGUCUUUGCCGGGCUGGACAGUGACGGAGAAGAGAGGCCGGAAGUCCUUCGUAGCGGCGGAGGACGACGAUGAAAAGCUCCUCGACGCCGUGAACGAUCUGAUGAUGCUGGCACAUGGGGAUUCUCUCGACUCCAGCCUCACUCACCAUAAGCAUGUAGCUCAUGAGCCUAGCAACAGCAAUUCCCUCACCAACAAUGAAGUCGCCGAGCUAACAAUUGAUGAAAUUGCUAAUAAGAUUAAGAUUGAAAUGGGCAAGGGCCACGGGAAAGCUAUCUUAGAAGCUGAGUCUGUUCGAGAGAAAUCCUAUGGAUGGGAUUGGGCCAAAGAAAGUGAUUGCGAGAAGUUCACAGAUGCUGAUGUAGUUGAGGAAGAUGACGAUGAUGAAUCGGAUGGAAAGAUCUCCAAUGGGAGCAUGCCCAGUGAAUUACAGGAGGAGGAGGAGGAGCUGAUCAUGGAUAAUAAUAAUUACAAAUACGAUCGUCAGGGAAGCUUGGUGAUGAUGAGGAAGAAGAGGAAGAGGAAGAUGAAGAAGGUGAAGCUGAUGGAUUUGGAAUCUGUAAGAGAUGAUCAUAACAAGAAGUCGCAACCGGUGGACAGAUACAAAUGCAGCACUUGUAACAAGUGCUUCCCGACUCACCAAGCUUUGGGCGGCCACAGGUCCAGCCACAACAAGAUCAACAAGACCUUAACAAACUCCACUGCUCCUGCUGACCAAGAUGAUGAUGAUUACCAACCCAGUGUCGACUGCUAUAAUGAAGAAGAAAACAAGGAGAACGAAGGUGCCGGCUGCAGCAGCAGCAGCUCAAAGCAGGUAGCUGCUGAUCACCUGUGCAAGAUUUGUAACAAGUCAUUCCCCACAGGGCAGGCCCUUGGGGGCCAUAAAAGGUGUCACUGGACUGGUGCCGCCGAUCACCAAGCUCCUAAUUCUACCCAAUUAGCUGCUGCUAGUGCCUCCCCCGGCCGGAGAGCCCUGCCCUUCGAUCUCAACGAGCUCCCGGCCAUGGACUACGAAGACGGCGUCGAGUCUCAUGAUCACCACCCAGGUGGGUUAUGAAUAUGCACCAUCUGAGCAAACCAAUAACUCUUCAAUUUCUUGCUUCACAAUUAGCUAUGCAGCAGCAGCAGCUUCUGAAAGAAAGAGGCCAUGAUGAGGACCUCAAAUUUUGGCAGUUCGAAGUAUUGAGUAGUCCUCGCAGACAGUAGCUCAUAAGUGGGAACAGUACAGUUGGGUGUCGGGAGGAACCAUCUUAGGUCUUUCUUCCUUUCUAUCAAUGGUGGGGUCUAAUUGUCUUUUUGCGCUCAUUUUUUCUUUUUUUUUUUGGAAACUAAUUAAGCAUGAGGAUCCGUAGCUAAGCUUGCCGAGGAGCAAAAAGAUGUAAUAGAAGUGUUUGUUCCUUUCGCAAGGUUUUGAAGAUGUAAAGAAGCUGCAUAUAGAUUGCCCUCCUUUCCCAGUAAACUGUACAUGGCCUUUUGCUGUUCCAUCCAUAUGCUUCAGUAUGGUUUUAAUUUUAUUUUCCCUCUUAGCAUUGCAGGCGUGGCAGCAGAUUGAAUAUAUGUUAAUGUUGAUAAA